GUCUCCUCUCGUCCCUCAGUCCCCUCCUCGGAAGUAGACGUAUCGGUCUAUUCCGUUUAUUUUUAUAUAUUUUGUAUAAACCCCUUUUCCCCAACACGUAGCAACAUGAACGCCAAGAUGGACGAUUAAACCGAAGAACGGGUCCCCGAUUUCACCCCCAUAUUUAUCCUGGGAUUGAGAGGGCCGGAUGAAAUCCAACUGUGGUUGUCUCCGCUUCGCAGGGGAGGUAGCUGUAUCCAGUGGGGAGGUAGGCUUAACCAGGGGUGAGAAUGAAGAACUUCGAACCCUGGGGACGCCAGAGGCUGUCUUUUCUCCUGGAAAAGGCCGCCUCUAGGGAAGCCAAGAUGUGGAAGCUCUACGUGCCAAAGAAGUACUCCUCACAGGAUACAGACGUCACCCCUGCGCAGCGGGACGAGGCCGUGCGAUGGCUGAUGGAUCUCCACAGCAGCCUGCAGCUGUACCCAGAGACCCUGGUGUUAGCUGUUAGCAUACUGGACCGCUUCCUCGCUCCCAUCAAGGCCCGUCCGAAGUAUCUGCGCUGCAUCGCCAUCACCUGCUUCUUCCUGGCUGCUAAGACCUGCGAGGAGGACGAGCGUCUGCCCACUCUGAAAGAGCUGGCAGCCUCCAGCAGCUGUGGCUGUUCUCCGUCUGAGAUCCUGAGGAUGGAGCGGAUCGUUCUGGACAAACUGAGCUGGGAUCUGCACACCGCCACCGCACUGGAUUUCCUGCAAAUCUUCCAUGCGACGGUGUUGUCGUGCCGCUCUGGGUUUUUGGACUCCAUGUUGGAGCUGAACCCCUCGCAGCACCUCGCCCUGCUCACACGGAGACUGUACCACUGUCUGGCUGACCACACACUCUUACAGCUCAGAGGAUCCAUGCUGGCCCUGGCCCUCAUCACCCUGGAGCUGGAGACCUGUUGCCCUGAUUGGCUGGCUCCCACCAUCGAGCUGCUGAGGAAGGCACAGAUCGACAACUCUGAGUUGAUCCGGAGUCGAGAGCUGGUGGCUCGUAGUCUGUCCACACUGAAAGCUUCCCUGCCUCCCAACACUGUCUACAUCUACCAACCCCUGCAGAGCAGCACCACCCUGCAGCCCCCGGACCCCUCGCCCUCCUGCUGCACACUGGGGAUCCUCUCUGAGUCUUCCAGGGACCAUGUCCUGGUGGCCCCUGCUGAUGGGGGGGAGGAGAGCUCCAGCUCCACCUCCUCCUCCAACAGCAGCAUGCCAGGUCUCCUCUCUCCUCCCAAGCUCCUGCACCGCCCUCGCCACCCGAAGGUGCAGAAGGUCACGCUGCGCUGCAAGGCGUCUGCGAAGCGCAAGGUGGAGGAGAUGGAGGUGGACGACAUUUACGACGGCAUCAAGCGUCUCUACAACGAAGACGUUACCACCGCUGUCCAGGAGGGGGCGCUACCACCAGGUGGAGGAGGAGGAGGAGGUCUGAGUGUCUGCAGCAUCCUGAUGCCCCGACAGGAAGGCAGCUCCUCCCCCUGCCCCCCCCUGCAGCCAGUCAGUGCCUCCUAGAGACCAAACAGGAAGCUCUAAACCAAAACCACCUCAACGCUGACAUCAUCAUCGCGAGAAUUACAAAGAAAUAACGUUUUCUGACCAAAACAGUGAGGCGAUGGGCAACUCCCUGAGCAAUAGGCGACAAAAAGAAAUGUUACCAUUGUAUAAAAAACCAACAUAAAGGCAGCUCCAGAAAGUUGCUCAUCACAGGUUUCCUUCAAUCGGCUGCUUUGAUGAAACGUACAUUAAAAUAAGAAAAUAUUGAUGUUAAAACACAAAUACAGCGGGUGAUGUCAGCGGUUCAGAUGGUUUUGGUUUCGGUGCAAACCCCCAGUGUGACCUGAGGACAUUACCCAUCAUGCCCUGCAACAGGAAAACAGAGCCCCAAAAAAAAAUUUAAACAUGAAAAAACUUACAAAAACAAGCUGCUGCUAAUAUUUAAUUAAUGAUAUCUGUUGAAUACAAUACUACAAAAUGAAAAAAAAAAUUAUAAAUAGAAAAGAUACCUUCAAAAAAACCUAGAUUUGACUCCACCCAUCCCCCCCCCCUACAUGUCUCUCUCUCAUCGUUUGUCAACCUUUUAUUGUUUUUCCAUUCUCUCCGUAUAUUUUAUAUAUUUAUGUUUGUAUUCUAUCACCUUCUCUCUCCUACCUACCUCUGCAUGUUUUCAUCUCUCUGAAGUCGUGAAUCAAAUGACGAUUAUCUGCAUUACUCACCCAGACAGAGACACGUCGUUUUUAGUGAAAUGCAAUUUUAAUUGUUAUUAAGAUGCUAAUAUAAAUAUCCCUCUCAGCUUGUUGUGACGGCUUGACUGAAUGAACGUUUCUCAGGGUUGUUUUAUUCUUCCCCAAACAAACAUAAAAGGCUUACAGUUUCUAAUGAAGCCCCUUGAAUGCAUCGUCUAUGAGAGGUCUUGAUUAUUCCCUCAUUAAGUACAUGCUCUCUCAUGGAAGCAUCCAGGUUUUGGGACCUUUACACAAACAAAGGGACCUCGUAAAAUAAAACUCUCCAUGGUUUCUGUGUCGAAGCACUUAAGAGGGGAUUACACCUAUAUAUUCACAUGUAAUAAAAACAACCUUGAGUUAUUUAAAGCAUUUUAAUAUUGAGCUAAGAGACAGAAAUGUGUUUUUUGAGUUGGUGUCUGAGCUUCACCAGAAGACAAGUGGCACUUUAAUGUUCAAAAAAAGUUAAAAUGACGCUGUUUUCACCUUGAAGUUCUGUUGAAUAUGAUUUUAUUCCUGCAAAAAGCUCUGUUCCUCCUGCUGUGGGAGCUGCUGGGCGCUGCUCCAGGGCACUUGAAUGAACCAAUAAAUAAAAAGACAUGAAGUAUGAAAACUCAGAAA